AUGGCUGCCUACUACGCUUGUCAUUCGGAACCCGAAAAAAGUAUUGUAACCGUCUAGUCAGUUAGUGUUUGGGACCUCUGUAAGGAGAGCGUACGUUUUCAUACAAGAUACACUGCUUUUUAAAGUAUUUUUCUUCCUCCACACCUCAACAAAUAUAGUUGAGGGUAUCGUGGCUAAUUCAUAUAGCCGGGGGCUACAUCUAGCCCAGUAAAAUGGCAGGGGGUAGCAUAUCUCAGAAGACCUGGGAGUUUUCCAACAGCAUGCAGGAAGUUCAGAGCAUAGACGAAAUCUACAAAUAUGACAAAAAACAACAACAAGAGAUUCUGGCAGCGAAACCGUGGACGAAAGACAACCACUAUUUUAAGUACUGCAAAAUAUCUGCCCUGGCGCUGCUGAAGAUGGUGAUGCACGCCAGGUCCGGCGCGAACCUGGAGGUGAUGGGCUUGAUGAUUGGAAAGGUGGACGGGGAGACCAUGAUAAUAAUGGACAGCUUCGCUCUGCCUGUGGAGGGCACGGAAACGCGUGUCAACGCACAGGCAGCGGCGUAUGAAUACAUGGCAGCGUACAUUGAAAAUGCCAAACAGGUUGGACGCCUGGAGAACGCAAUUGGCUGGUACCACAGUCACCCAGGCUACGGCUGCUGGCUCUCCGGCAUUGAUGUCAGCACUCAGAUGCUCAACCAGCAGUUUCAGGAGCCUUUUGUUGCAGUGGUUAUUGACCCAACUCGAACGAUAUCUGCGGGUAAAGUCAAUCUUGGAGCCUUCAGAACGUAUCCCAAGGGCUACAAACCCCCUGAUGAGGGGCCCUCAGAGUACCAGACUAUUCCGUUGAAUAAGAUUGAAGACUUUGGGGUGCACUGCAAACAGUAUUAUGCCUUGGAAGUGACUUACUUUAAGUCAUCCCUUGACCGCAAAUUGCUUGAACUCCUGUGGAACAAAUAUUGGGUCAAUACGCUCAGCUCCUCAAGUCUCUUGACCAACUCGGACUACACCACAGGACAGGUGUUUGACCUGUCUGAAAAACUGGAGCAGUCAGAAGCUCAGCUAGGGAGAGGUAGCUUCAUGCUGGGUUUAGACACUCAUGACAGGAAGUCUGAAGACAAAUUAGCCAAGGCAACACGAGACAGCUGCAAGACAACUAUAGAAGUAAUCCAUGGUUUGAUGUCUCAAGUUAUAAAGGACAAACUGUUCAAUCAAAUCAACACAUCGGCCACCAUCAUGGUCCACCUCAGUGUAGACAUGAUUGCCAAAUCCAGUACUUGUUUAAAGAAUAAAGGAAAUUAUUCACUUGCACAGUAUCUCAAGAAACUAACCCACCUCAAUUUCUCCAACAAGAACAUUGAACACAUCGAUGAUCUCUCUGUGUGCAAAAACCUCACAGUCCUGUACCUGUACGACAAUCAAAUAACACAGAUCUGCAACCUGAACUUUGCCUCCAACCUCACACACUUGUACAUGCAGAACAACAACAUCACUCAAAUAGAGAACCUCUCAGCGCUGCAGAGACUUUACAAGUUGUACCUGGGGGGCAACAGCAUCAUGGUGGUGGAGGGGCUAGAGGGGCUGAGGGAGCUGAAGGAACUGCACCUGGAGGGCCAGAGGCUCCCCUGUGGGGAGAAGCUGCUCUUUGACCCCAGGACCCUCCUCUCCCUCUCUGAAUCAUUGUGUGUUUUAAACAUCAGCAACAACAAUAUUGAUGAAAUUUGGGACCUGGUAGUUCUCAAGAGUCUCACACAUUUUUUUGCAACUGGUAACCAGCUUGAGGACAUAAAGGAAUUAGAGGUGGUUUGCAGCCAGUGGCCUCAGCUGUGUCAAAUGGAUUUGAGUGGAAAUCCUGCUUGUCAAAAACCCAAAUACAGAGACAGACUAAUAACUGUGUGCAAGACUCUUGCGGAUCUUGACGGGAAGGAAAUCAACGACAUGUCCAGGCAGUUUUUAUUAAAAUGGAAAGCUUCAAAGGAGGCAAAGAAGAAAAUGAAAUAUGAAAGGAUUAGGACUGCACAAAUGCUCUACCCAUUUCCUGACGGCAUGGUGCGGAGGUCCCUGUAAAUAACGUGCUGCUGGCGGAGAGGCAGAGUCUUCAGAUGUCCUGGGCCACUGCCGCACGACGCCCCAUACAGCCAUCUCUCACACUUGCUUGCACACUCGCCCAGGAGUGUACCU